UAGACAUCGAAAAAGAAAACGAGUUCAGUAUUGAUUGAUGAAACAUGGAAAAGGAAAUGAAUCAGAUUAGACGAUAUCGAUUGAAAAGAGAUUAUGCGGAUUUAAUGUGGCCUGUAUGUGCCAUUGAAGAGAUCAAGACAAAUGAUGAUGGCAUAAUGAAAUCGUUGAGUAUCGAGAUUAAUGUCAUGUGAUCCGUUAGGACUUUCAAAUCAUCAUUUGAUUGACUUGAACAUCAAUUCAUGUAGAGGCGUGGGAUUAUGAACUUUUUUUUUGAUGGA